AUGUCUUCUGCUCUCUCCGAGAUUGACGUGAAGACACUUCCGGCCCUUGAUCUCGAUGUUUCGCCUCAUGGUGGUGGCCCCGACACGGAAGCCGACCCAGCGCAUCACGACCCAACAAGCCUGGAUGCCUUCUCCAUGGAGACCCCCACUGACGGUCUUGGCCCGACCACGGGUGCUCAUGGCCUGAUGGAUGCCUCAUUUGGAGACUUUCAAUUUCCUUACCAUGGCAUGGACGAGGAAGCUACCAUCGUCGCCCUCCCCGACGGCAAUAGCCCAGACCUGUUCGGCUCUCACGGCCAUGCCUUGGACACCCUUCCAGAUCACUCAGAAGCCGCCACGUCGGUAGCCGCCCACCUGAACAAGUUCAGUGACCACCAGAACGACCAGAGAAGAGAGAGCAUCGAUGCGUCCGAAGACGGCAGCCCGGACAGUAUGAAUCCUGGUGUGAAUCCUCUAGAGGAACCUUUGUCGGACGAGUUCGGUCUCACACACGCACCCGGAGACGGGACGGACCUCGGAGGGAAGACUAAGGAAGACAAGUUGGACGCCACCCCCGCCUGGAGCGAGCUGAAGACCAAGGCCGGCAAGGAGAGAAAGCGGCUGCCUCUAGCAUGUAUCGCGUGCCGGAGGAAGAAGAUCCGAUGCUCCGGCGAGAAACCAGCAUGCAAGCACUGCCUCCGUUCUCGGAUUCCCUGCGUCUACAAGGUGACUGCACGGAAGGCCGCGCCGCGAACAGACUACAUGGCCAUGCUCGAUAGGCGGUUGAAGCGCAUGGAGGACAGGAUCAUCAAGAUCGUGCCCAAGGCCGAACAGGAUAACAUAGCGUCCUCGGUGACCAGAGCUGUCGUCAAGCCCGCCAUCCCGGGCACUCUGGUGACAGGAAAGUCGUCAACCAAGAAGCGGGGGGUCGAUGAGGCCUUUGGGCCUGACCUCGACCACUGGGCUCGAGCCCCUGCCAAAAACAGGCUGAGCACGGCGGGAAAGCCGCAGACCCUCAUCACACAAGAGUCGGAGGAAAGCAAGCUCCUCCAAGAAGGCGUAGAAGCCCUGCCCUCAAAGGAAAUCCAGGAGCAUCUCGCCGAGGUCUACUUUGAGAACAUCUAUGGACAGGCGUACCACAUCCUGCACAAACCGAGCUAUAUGCGGAAAUUGAGAACGGGCACUCUUCCGCCGGUUCUCAUCCUCUCCGUCUGCGCCAUCUCGGCCCGAUUCUCCACGCAUCCUAAGCUCAACACCAGCCCCAACUUCCUCCGCGGCGAAGAAUGGGCGUCUCACGCACGCGACAUAGUGAUGCGGAGAUACGAAUGGCCAAACAUCACCAUACUGACAUGCCUUCUCAUCUUGGGCCUCCACGAAUUUGGUACUUGCCAUGGUGGGAGGAGUUGGGCGCUGGGUGGACAAGCGAUUCGCAUGGCCUUCGCUCUGCAGCUCCACAAGGACCUCGAGUACGAUCCUCAGCCGCUUUCGUCGAGAGACCCUCUUAGUUUUGUGGACAGAGAAAUUCGCCGGAGGACCAUGUGGGCUUGCUUUCUCAUGGACCGCUUCAACUCAUCAGGCACCGACCGUCCAACCUUUAUGAAGGAGGAGACGAUCAAGAUCCCGCUGCCCAUCAAGGAGAAGCAGUUCCAGCUCGACAUGCCGGGCCCAACGGAGACUCUCCAGGGACAGGUACUGUUCCCUGGUGCCGCCGACGACGACAAUCUCGCUGUCGAGGCCAAAGAGAACAUGGGUGUAGCAGCCUACAUGAUCAAAGCUAUCGCAGUCUGGGGCCGUGUCAUCAAUUACCUCAGCCAAGGCGGCAAGGAGCUGGAUCCUCAUCCGAUGUGGAGUCCCGAGUCUGGCUACUCUAACCUCGUCAAGCAGACAGACGAAAUGUUGUCCACCCUGCCCGAUACGUUGACGUACACAAAGGACAAUCUACACCAGCACGAUACAGACGGGAUGGCGAAUCAGUUCCUUUUUCUCCACAUCGCCAUCCAACAGAAUAUCCUAUUCAUGAACCGGUUUGCCGUCUCGUCGCCUAAUGGUCAGUCGCAACAGGACGUACCCAAGUCAUUUGUGACCAAGGCCGGUGCCAAGGCAUUCGGCGCCGCAAACCGCAUCUCGGAGCUUCUCGCGGAAGCAGAGUCGUACCUGAUAGCGGCUCCGUUCGUUGGCUACUGUGCCUUCCUCUCGAGUACCGUGCACAUCUUCGGUAUCUUCUCCGGUAACCCGGCCAUGGAAGCCACUUCGAAGCGUAACCUGGCCACCAACGUCAAGUUCCUGUCCAAGAUGAAGCGAUAUUGGGGCAUGUUCCACUUCAUGUCGGAGAAUCUGCGAGAGCAAUACCGAUCCUGUGCCGACGCCGCGAGGCAGGGCAACAACCCCGCCAGCGAGAGCGCCGCGUCGCCCAUCUUCCAGUACGGAGACUGGUUCGACCGCUAUCCUCACGGCGUGUCGCAUUCGGACUUUUUGGACCCCGCGCAGUACCAGAAGAAGGAGAGGGGAGACGACGCAGUCCUGGAGCAGAAGCCGGAGCUUCACACGGUGGAGGAGUUCUUCACUACGCUGUCGCCUCGCAGUGCCGAGGGCAAAGACCCCAGCGCGGCGCGGCCGGCCAUGCCCAAGCGCAAACCCGUUGUCAAAAAGGCGGCCAGCGCCGCUGUUGCGAGAAGCGAAACGCAGCAGCUGGACCACCUCAGCCAGGCCGGGUCGGAGCAGCACAUCCAGCCCCAGCUGCGGCGGAGGGCCUAUUCGACAUCGCUGGGCGGCCAGACGAGCGGGCCGACCAACUUCAACCCCCUGACGAUACCCCACUCGCAGACCGGGACCUCGUACCACGCGCUGUCGCCCAUCAGCCCCGUCGCCAUGAACCAGUUCGGCCAUCCCUCGGGGCCGUUCUACUCGCCGGAGCUAAUGACGCUGUCCCUGGCGCACCCGGCCAACGGCCUCCUGCCGCAGCUCGACCGGCAGCUCGUGUUUGGCGCGUACGCCGGCAUGGACCCGUCCUCCAUCGGCGGCGGCCAGAGCGUGCUGGACGGCAUGGGCUGGGACGGCAUGCCGGAGGGGGCGCACGCCGCCGCGGGGGGCGGGCGCCGGGCCAACGGCAGCGUCAGCGAGGGCCCACAACAGGCCGGCGGCGGUGGCAGGGCCGGGGCAGGGCCCGAGGGCGUGGACACGCUGCACCCGUUUGGCGGCGGGCACCACGGGCAGGAGGCGUCGUCGGCGUGGUUCAUGCCGUUCAACAUGGACCCGCCCGAGAUCGGGCAGGACACGGGGCCCGGCCUGGGCAACCUGGACCAGUUCGCCAACAUGUUUGGCGGGGCGGGCAUGUCGACCCCCGGAGGCGGGGCCGGGGGCAUGGGGGGCCUGCACCACACCGGCGGUCACUGA